AUGGAGCUGGGGGCUGCGCGGCGCGCGGUGCUCGCGGCCGUGCGGGGCACGCGCGCGGCCGACCUGCCCCGCCUGCUGCACUGGAUGCGCCACUCCCAUGACUUUGAUGAGCUUGUGGUGAGUAACAAUGAUGUUGUGCUCAAAAAUAUUGCUGAAGAUUUGCGGAAUCGUUUACCCAUCGAGGCAAUGUUUACUUCGGAACAUCAAGCUGUUCAGAAAAUACACCAGCAUCCACUGCCCAUGAUUCAUGUUGAUGCAUUCCUUUAUGAUGAUGAUGUUGUUGAUUCAUUGUGUGAGGAAGGGAAAAUGAGUAGGAGCUACUGCACAGAGUGUGGCUCAUACAAAACUGCAUCCUUAGAGUUUAUUUCGCAUUCCUUUUCCCUCAUGGAACUGAAGUUUCUUUAUCAACAUGUACUGCCUGACCUGACAGGAAAGGGUUAUCUUUAUAGCUCAGCAUCCCAGCUGUAUGGAGUAGAAAUGAAUGCAGACUUUUGCAAGUUGCAAGAACUUAUGAUUACAAAAUAUGAGUUCAUUGACAGAAUAAAGGUGGUUCAUGCAGACAUCUGUACUCAGGCUUCACUUCUUCAGAAGGCUGAUGUUGUUGUAAUGAAUAAUGUCUUUGAAUAUUUUCUUGACAGACAGGAACAGGUCAGAGCUUGGGAAUUUAUUGCUUGUAAUAUAAGGAAAAGAGGGUCCUUAUUAGUGACAGUUCCCAGUCUUCAAGAAUCACUUUCAAAGCUCCAGACAGAUGUACAGCUCAGCCAAUGGGUUGAAGAGAUGCAGCUAAACUAGAUUCUGUAUGGAAGAGGAUGUU